UGAAGACAAAGAGACAGAACGUUGGACUGAGGCAUAUCAAAGAAAUGAAUUGGCUGAUGUUACACAUAAUAAUGUUGGAGAAGAAGUAAUUGAAACAUUUCAUGAUGUUUUAUUUCAAAACAAAAGACCUAAAAUUGAAUCUGGCCUUCUUCAGGCAGAACAUGUUCGAACUGGACAUCAUCCUCCGAUCGCUUCUCCGUCUACUGUUCUCGAGUCUAGCACCUCAAUGCCUACCACACCAUCGACAGAACUUACAUUGACACAGCGACCAAUUUCUCUUCAAACGUAUCUGUGGACCCAUCCACCUCCAAAAAGAUUAUCAUCGUCGACAACUACAACUACUUCAACAGAAUCAACAACGACUACAACACAAAAAUCAAUCUUUUUAUCACCAACUGGAGAAGUUGUCGACUGUGAACAUUUUCGUAAUAAAGGAAAAGGGUCUGGUGCUAAUCAACUCUCUGUUCCCAAUUACGGCGAUUUUUAUGCUUAUUGUGAAAUGGAGUCGGAACAAGGAUGGAUUGUUCUUCAAAAACGCACAAGCGGGAAAUGGCCUUUCUGGAAUGCAAGUUUUGAUGAAUAUUCUUAUGGAUUUGGUGACUUGCCAGAUGGAGAUCACUGGCUUGGUUUAGAUCGAGUAUCUGCUUUUGUGCAAAGUAAUCGUCGUUUGGAAAUGCGCGUUCGACUUCAAGGCGACUUUUGUGUUUCAAAGGCUUGUAGCGGACUUGGUGAUGAUGGCAAUUGGUGGGGUGACUGGAAGUUUAAGGUAGAAAAUAAUUGA